AAUUCGACAGCAUCUAAACAACAUUAAAAGAAUGAGAUCUUUUAGUUCAAACUAGAAAAAGGAAGAAAUUCUAUGCACUAACAAAAUUUAGCCAAAGAAAUUAGUUUCCUUUAUAAUUCAAAAAGAAAAAGCCAUAAAAUCACAUUGUGAAAUAUGUAACAGCCAACUUGCCUAGGCCAUGAUUCAAGGAACCAUAAGAUGCAUAUUGGCGAGAAAUUCCACUCUCUCUCUCUGUACUGUAUGGACAUUAUAGCUGUUAGUAAGCAUGUAAUAGCGCAGUGUCUCCUAUUGUUUUUGAGUUGGAAAGAUUUAAGAAAACGGGUGAUUAACUGUCAUGUUUAUAGUUUCAACGGUAAGAAAUGACCCGCCACCAUUUGUUAUACGCCGACGCUGACGUGGCAAUAGCGAAACUAAACUGUUUUGUCUGACAAAAAAAAGAAAAAAAGAAAAACAAAAGUAUCGCUGAAAAAUCUUCCACUGGUUCCAGAACAGGACCAUCCAUCACUCGCUAAAAAUCCAAUGUCUUCGCUCUCAUCAUUUCCUUCUCCAAUGCAAGUCUUAGACCCCAUAUUUUCUCUUCCACUGUUACCCUUACCCAAAUCCCGUAUCUACACCUUCUCAAGACCCAUUACUACUCGCUUUCUCCUCCUCUCUUCUUCAGCAACCAAAAGAGACAUGUGGACAAGAACCCAGAAAACAACGCCUUCUUAUUUAGACCAUAGUGUGGACAUGAAACAGCUAUUAAUUUCAAUUUCCCAAACCCAAAAUGAAGUAGAAUUGUAUUCUUUACUUUCGCCUUAUAAAGAGAGACAACUCUCAAUUCGUUUCAUGGUUUCGCUUAUCUCGCAAGAAGCCGAUUGGCAAAGAUCCUUAGCUCUCCUUGAUUGGAUUAAUGAGGUUGCUAGAUAUUCACCUUCUGUGUUUGCUUACAAUGUUGUUCUGCGUAAUGUGCUUCGAGCCAAGAAGUGGGACCUUGCACAUGGCCUGUUUGAUGAAAUGCGUCAAAGAGCGCUUUCUCCGGAUAGAUAUACUUAUUCUACCCUUAUUACUUCUUUUGGUAAAGCGGGUAUGUUUGAUGAGUCCCUUUUUUGGUUACAGCAAAUGGAGCAAGAUCGUGUCUCUGGUGAUCUUGUUUUGUAUAGUAACUUGAUUGAGCUUUCGCGGAAGUUGUGUGAUUAUUCUAAGGCUAUUUCUAUAUUUAUGAGGCUUAAAAGAAGUGGGAUUACGCCAGACUUAGUUGCUUAUAAUUCUAUGAUUAAUGUGUUUGGUAAAGCAAGGUUGUUUAGAGAGGCGAGAAUGUUAGUUCAUGAGAUGAGAGAGGUCGGAGUUUUGCCUGAUACUGUUAGUUAUUCAACGCUGUUGAGUGUGUAUGUUGAGAAUGAGAAGUUUGUUGAGGCCUUAUCUGUUUUUGCGGAAAUGAAUGAAGCAAAUUGCUCGCUUGAUUUAAUGACAUGUAAUAUUAUGAUUGAUGUUUAUGGACAGCUUGACAUGGUUAAGGAAGCUGAUAGGUUGUUUUGGAGUAUGAGGAAGAUGGGGAUUGAGCCGAAUGUUGUUAGUUAUAAUACCCUUUUGAAGGUCUAUGGUGAAGCUGAACUUUUUGGGGAAGCUAUUCAUUUAUUUCGGUUGAUGCAGAGGAAAGAGAUUGAGCAGAAUGUUGUCACAUAUAAUACCAUGAUCAAGAUUUAUGGGAAAUCACUUGAGCAUGAAAAGGCCACAAAUCUCGUGCAAGAGAUGCAGAAAAGAGGAAUCGAACCAAAUGCCAUUACGUACUCAACAAUAAUUUCUAUUUGGGGUAAGGCAGGGAAAUUGGAUAGGGCAGCAAUGUUGUUUCAAAAGCUGAGGAGUUCAGGGGUUGAGAUUGAUCAGGUUCUCUAUCAAACAAUGAUUGUAGCUUACGAGAGGGCAGGUCUUGUUGCUCAUGCCAAGCGUCUGCUUCAUGAUCUUAAAUGCCCAGAUAUAAUUCCUAGGGACACUGCCAUUAAAAUUCUUGCCAGAGCUGGUAGGAUAGAAGAGGCCACAUGGGUUUUUCGUCAGGCUUUUGAUGCUGGGGAGGUGAAGGAUAUAUCCGUCUUUAGAUGCAUGAUUGAGCUAUUCUCAAGAAACAAAAGGCCUGCAAAUGUUGUUGAGGUUUUUGAGAAGAUGAGAGGAGCUGGAUAUUUCCCUGAUUCUGAUGUUAUUGCUCUUGUGUUGAAUGCUUAUGGGAAGUUGAGGGAAUUUGAGAAGGCAGAUGCUGUAUAUAGAGAAAUGCAGGAAGAGGAGUGUGUUUUUCCAGAUGAAGUUCACUUUCAGAUGCUGAGCCUCUAUGGUGCAAGAAAAGAUUUUAUCAUGGUAGAAUCCCUGUUUGAGAAGCUGGAUUCUGAUCCUAACAUUAACAAAAAGGAGUUGCAUCUUGUUGUUGCCAGCAUAUAUGAAAGGCAAAAUAGAUUGAAUGAUGCAUCACGAAUCAUGAACAGAAUGAGUAAAGAAGGGAUGUUGAGAUUAUGAAUAUUUUUGAAGUUUAAAUCUUCCUUGUCUUUGUAAAUUCUGCCAACUGUUGUAGAUUACGCUUUGGUAUUCUGGCUAAUUUGUAUAUAUCCUAUUUGAAGAUCAAAUUUUUGUACCUCUCUGAAAAAUGAAGAUUCUAAUGACCUUCAACCAUUUCCA